AUGGAUUCCUAUGAUGGUUAUGGAUCGCCCGGAAGGGGCCGUGAGCCGGAUUCCUUCGCAGGCCGAACCCCCGUUGAAGCAUACAGACGUCGCUCGCCAGCUUCUCAGGACCGACGACGCGCCCGGCCACGCUCCCGUUCUCCCGUGAUUGACCGUUGGGAACCUUCCGACCGCCGCCCCCACAGAGAGGACCACUACAACAACUCCCGGGAACAUGCGGCCCGUGAGCGCGAGGACCGCCGACGCGCUCCCUCUCCCAAUGUAGCCAACAUUGACCGCUAUGUACCUGGACAAGAUCUGGGUGGCGGCAAACGCCCUCUUCCCUCCAACCCUCUCCCCAAUCCCCUCUCGCUCGACUUCCAAGUUGGCUUCAAUUGGUUCGCCGAAUGGUGGCGAUUCGAACAAUCUGUGAAUGAAGAAAAAGAGCGCGCCAGGAAUGGCGGACGACGAGUAAAGGGUGAGCGCGAAGCCCGUGAGGAUCGCGACAAGGAGCGCGCGCAAAUCCAGGCCGCUUAUGACACAUACAAGAUGGACUUGCAAGUUAGAUUGGCAAGACUCUUUGUGAACCAGCACCGCCAAGAAGAGUGGUUCAAGGAGCGAUACGUUCCCGAGGUUCGCGAUCCUCUUCGCAGCCGUCUCAUCGCUGUUCGCCAGGGCGCAUAUGAACAAUGGCAGCGCGAUAUUGAAAACCAGGUCUUCAGAGACUUCACACUCGAAGGAAUCUACAAGAGCGACAGUGAUGGUGCUGGUGGUGUCGUUGAAAAAGAAGAGGGUGAGACCACAGCAGCCGCCGAGACCAUGGGAGUUCUCGAUCUUCUGCCAGUCCGCGGUGGUGAUCUCCGCGACGAGGCCUUAUCCCAGCCAGCCCUUCUCAUCAAGACUCUUGCGCCCAAUGUCAGCCGAAGCAAAAUCGAAGAGUUCUGCCGCGAGCACCUUGGCGAGGAGGAUGGCGGAUUCAAGGGACUGAGUCUCAGUGACCCAAACCCAUCUAAGAAGUUCCAUCGCAUGGGUUGGAUCAUGCUGCAUCCGUCCACUGAGACCACUGUCGUCGAACGAGGAGAUGGACGUGAGGAAGAAUUUGACGAUGCCGAACGAACCAGUGUGAACGGCGGCACCACCAUUAGUACUGCCGAAAAGGCUCUGGAGGCCGUCAAUGACAAGACAAUUCAUGAUUCUGUCCACGGUGACUUUGUUUGCCACGUUGGUGUGCAUGUUCCCCCUGUCCAGCCUCGCAAGAAGGCUCUCUGGGAUCUGUUCUCUGCGCCCGAACGUAUUGAUCGUGACCUUGAGCUCGCCAAGCGUCUUGCUUCCAAGUUGGACUCUGAGAUGGGUGAAAAUGUGGAUGGAAUUACCACAAUCGAGGAAUAUGUUGAUGACUUGCGCGGCAAAGGCGAGCUCCAGCCUCCUGCCACGGGCCCAGUCAGCGCCAAGAAGCAAAAUAACGGAUAUGAAGACGGAGAUGACGAAGGCGAGAUCGAAGAAGGCGAGGAGAAGGAGCCCGCUGACUACGAAGAGGUUGAUGACGAAGAACUUGCUGUGAAGAAAAAGAAGCUUGACUUGAUCGUCGAGUACCUACGACGGGUUUACAACUUUUGCUUCUUCUGUGUCUUCGAGAGUGACUCUGUCCACGAGCUUGGUCGCAAGUGCCCAGGUGGACACUUGCGUCGCCCACGUACCGGUCUCUCCAGCCAGGCCAAGGAAGUCGCUCGAGCUAGUGCUCUUGGUCAGCCUUUCCCCUCAAAGCAAAAGGAACCCAGCGAGGAAGGGGAAGACCCCUCCUCGCCUGUUCGGGAGAAGCGCGGCCAGCGCCAUGUCUCCAAAUCCGAGCAGCAAAUGCAGCGUGCCUUCAACUGGGUCAAGACCUUCGAGGACAAACUGCUUCAGAUCUUGGAGCCUGAGAAUGUCGACCUCAUCAAGAUUGGCGGGAAGCCCGUCGACCAAGCAGUGGAGGAUGAACUUCUGAAGUACAUGAAGCAAGAAGAUGACUCCAAGUACCGCUGCAAGGCCCCUGAAUGCACCAAACUUUUCAAAGCCGAAGCUUUCUGGCGCAAGCACGUCGAGAAACGCCACGGGGAGUGGUAUGAGCAAAUCAAGAAUGACCUCCAUCUUGUCAAUGCCUACGUCCUCGAUCCGGCGCGCAUUGCCCCAUCCCGGCCACAGCGGCACCCCUCGUGGUUUCAGUCUGGCCGGUAUGCCUUAUGGUCCCAACGGCGGAAUGCCACACUUCCCCCGGGCGGAAUGCCCAUGAUGGGCGGCCCUGCUGGGAACUGGAACGGUAACGGCAUGGGCCACGACGGUGGCCUGCACCAGCCAGGACCCAUGCGACGCGGUCAAAACCGCAACAACCGACCUGGCCCCUAUGAUCGCCGUCGCUUCAACGGCAACGGCCGAUUGAGUCCUCCCCGCGGCAUGCCGGGUUCAUGGGGCCGCGCACCACCCGCUGUCAGUGUUCCUGCCGGCCAUCCCGCCGCUGGCAUGGUUGCUCCCAAUCCAUUCCCUGAUUCUAUGGGUCCGAACGGCGGGCCCAUGCCUCCCCGUGAGGCUGUUCAGGGCCGCAGCCUGAAGAGUUACGAAGAUCUCGAUGCGGUCGACGGCGCGGGCGGCGGCGAGCUGAAUUACUAG